AUGUGGCAUGCCCCGUGGAUCCCGUGGUUGGAUUGGGACCAAUUUAGAGCUGCCUUCAAUCCUAUGAUCACUCCGAUUUCCACUCAUGUCUCCUCUCUUUUGAAUGAAGAGAGGGAGUGGGAUUACCAACAAGCUGCCACUUGGAUGGUCCCAAGUAUUGCAAGUUCUCUCCAUUUGAUAUCCUUGCUCCCCAACAACCAAGAUGAUCGGCUGAUAUGGAAGGAUGCCACUAAUGGGGAAUUCUCUCCUCGGGUGGCUUAUAAAUCAAUCAUCAAGGGUAGAAUUGUUGAUAAAGACCCUAUUUGGGGUAGAAUUUGGAAACUCAGGAUAUCGGAACGAAUGAAACUCUUCAUUUGGAAACUUGGAAGAGAUAUCCUGCCGUUUGGAGAAAGACUUCAAUGUAUUUUUGGCAACGAUGUGGUGUGCGCAAUUUGUGAUGAACAUGAAGACUCGGUGGUCCAUCUGUUUUGCCAUUGUCCACUCGCUAAAUCCCUUUGGAUGGCAAGCCCUUGGGGAGUUCGUAGUGAGGAGUUGAAUUUCAGUUGUCCUUUGCAAUUUACCAAGUGGCUGCUUGAGCCUUACCCUCUGAUGCACCAAGUCAAUUUUGAUGUGGAGGAGUUCAGGAAAUAUGGGGUAUCCCUCUGCUUUAUUCUUUGGUCAGUAAGGAACCAGGCGUUUCAUGAUCAUAUUCAGCCAUCCUUCCUAACCACCUUCAACCGGAUUAAGAGCUUGGUUGUCGAUCUUAAUUCGGUGUCCACCAACCAUCAGGAGGCGACCUUGGGUCAUUCUACUCACACUGUUAUGCAGGGAUCUCUACAGGGGGACUUUGUGGUCUUUGUCGAUGUUGCCUGCAAAGACCUUAGAUCGGCUGCGGGUAUUAUCAUUACUAACUCAGAUUCCGUGCUUGUCGAAGCUUUCUCUGUUGAUCUAGAAGCUAAUUCGCCUCUGGAAGCCGAGGCGUGGGCUUUACUUCAUGCUGUGCAACGGUGUAUUCUUCAUGUCAACUUUGCUUUGGACUGUCAAUCUUUCGUGCAUGGUAUAAAGUCGCGCAAGACUCCAGAUUGGAAGGCUGCGGGUGUGUUUGCGCUGGUUUUGGAUGGGCUGGAUCGUAUCCCGUUGGCAUCAGUAACUUGGAUACCCCGUUCUAGGAAUGAAAUGGCUCAUAGGCUUGCUAAAUGGUCUUUUAACUCUUAUCAUUUCGGUUUUUUUUAA